UAUGGCGGCCAAAGUGUCCGGAAGGGAUCUGAAGAAAUUUGCCGAAUUUGGUCGAAAAAUUGUCGGUGUUGGACGAAAUUAUCGUGAUCAUGCAAAAGAACUGGGUAAUGCUGUUCCUGAAAAACCAUUGUUGUUCCUAAAGCCAAGCACUGCAUAUAUCCAGGAAGGGCAGAAAAUAAAGAUUCCAACUGGCUGCACUGACCUUCAUCAUGAGGUUGAGCUUGGAGUUGUGAUUAGCCAAACUGGUAGUUCUAUAGACCAAAGCAUUGCCAUGGACUAUGUUGGUGGCUAUGUUCUUGCCUUAGAUAUGACUGCAAGAGAUUUUCAAAGAGAUGCAUCCAAAAAAGGUCAACCUUGGAUGCUAGCAAAAGGAUUUGACACAUCUUGUCCAAUCAGCAGUUUUAUACCAAAGGAGAAGGUGCCUGAUCCGGAUGAUGUCCGACUGUGGCUAAAGACCGAUGGAGCCUUGAAACAGGAUGGGAAUACCAAGGAUAUGAUAUUUAAAAUACCAUAUUUAAUCAGUUACAUCAGUAAUAUUGUUACUCUUGAAGAAGGAGAUGUCAUAUUGACUGGUACUCCAGCUGGGGUGUCCUCAGUGGGUUCUGGUCAGCAGAUUACUGCUGGAUUAAAUGAAUUAGUCGAGAUGUCAUUCACUGUGACAAACUGAAUCAUAGAAUUGAAAUUGAACACUUUUUAGGUAAUUUGUCUAAAUGAUCUGCUUUAGUCAGAUCCAUAUGUUAAAUAUUUUUUCCUGUCAUAACGUCCUCAAGGAAACAUGAAAUUAAUCUAGAUUUAAUUAAACUUUGC